AUGUACGAGGUGCGGCCCGACGAGGUCGCCUGGAUCCGGCGCAUGCUCACCUACAACUGCAUCGGCGGCAAGAUGAAUCGGGGCUUGAUGGUCGUCGAGACGGGCGUCGUGCUCUUCGAGGCCCAGGGCAAGCCCGUGACGAACGACGACCUGUGCCGCUUCGCCGUGCUCGGCUGGAUCAUCGAGAUGCUCCAGGCCUGGCUAUUGGUGGCGGACGACAUGAUGGACUCGUCGCUGACGCGGCGCGGCCAGCCGUGCUGGUACAAGGUCGACGGCGUGGGCCCCAUGGCGCUCAACGACGCCUUCCUCAUCGAGAUGGUCAUGUUCAAGGUGCUCAAGCGCCACUUCGGCGACGCGCCGGAGUACGCGAAGCUGUUGGACCUGCUCAUGGAGACGACGCUCCAGACGGAGCUCGGGCCAGCUCUUGGACCUCCAUUCACGCUGGACCGCUGGACCAUGAUCGUCAAGUACAAGACGGCCUUCUACUCCUUCUACCUCCCCGUGGCCAUGGGCAUGACCAUGGCGGGCAUCGACGACCGGGCCGAAUACGACGCCGCGCGCGAGAUCCUGGUCAUCAUGGGCGUCUACUUCCAGGCCCAGGACGACUACCUCGACGCCUUCGGGACGCCGGAGCAGAUCGGCAAGAUCGGCACGGACAUCCAGGACAAGAAGUGCGGCUGGCUCUUCGUCAACGCGUACCACGGCAUGGUCGACGCCGCGGGCAAGAAGCUCCUCGACGGCCACUACGGCAAGUGCAAGGUCGGCUCGAAAGAGGAGAAGAAGAUCAAGCAGCUCUACAAGGACAUCGACCUCGAGCAGCUCUACAAGGACUACGAGCAGAAGUCCUACGACGACAUCAUGAAGCUCGAGGGCACGUGCAAGCAGGUCCCCUGGGCCGUCUUCGAGAUCUUCCUCAAGAAGAUCUUCAAGCGCUCCAAGUGA